AUUAGCGUGAGGGAGCAGCGAAAGAAAUCCAUCAGCAGACAGAUCCGCCCACAUAUCACGCCCGCAAAGAAAGGUGGGAAGGUACAACCGCUGCCGAAAAUCCACGUGAAUCCCAGGAGUCACAUUACACAGGCGGCGCCAGCACACCCGUGGAGACUGGGCGUUGCUUAAACCUUCCGCCCCCGCCCUCCGAGGAGCAGCCUACGCCCACCAUCACCUCCACCCUCAUCUCCGGCACCACCGCCCCUCCGCGCACCACUUGGCCUCCUUCAGAGCCCCCCCUUUGCCACACGGCCUUUCCCUUCCUUCGUCCUAGUCACCCCCGAGCUGAGUUCGAGCGGAGUCGGGCAGGAAGCACCACACCGAAGUGGCACCGCCUCGGCCCCUCCUCCUCCAGCUCCUCCUCCUCCUCCUCCUCCUCCUCCGGCACGGCAUGGCUGGUGUGUGGACCCUUUGCUAAACUCCACAAAGACGCUUCUCUGUAAACUAAUAAAAACAAGUAACAGUUUUUUAAAACAUACACAGAGAAAAUUUAAAGAGAGAGCGAGCGAGAGAGAGAGAUACUACACCAUGAGUCCCCCCGACUAGUGCGCCUCAAAGGGCGUGUCGGGUUCUGUGUGUGCUUGCGCUUGGGUGUGGACGAAGCACCUUGAGCAGGGCACCACCACCUGUUUCUCCUCCACCUCCACCUCCACCUCCUCCUCGAGCGGACCAGCAUGCAGGCCGCCCUUCUUGUCCGCAACAAAAGGACGAAGAAGCGCAAGGACAGUAAGACUCUGUCCUUGGCCAGCCUUCCUCCCCAUGUGGCCACCAAGCCAAUCAACCCCUUUCCAAGAUACAAUCCUGUCCAGUUACCGAACGGGAAGAACGCCUGGGGAGGAAAAGUCGGAGACAAGAAAAAAGCAGCAGAGAACCAUCGACGAUGGAUAAACAGAAACAAGGUCGAAGAUGAUCCCGAUUCUAACGAUGAUGAUGACGAGGAAUUGGAUGUCGGGGACACCGCGGGUGGAAAUCUGGAGAAGAACGCGGAUGGGAGAUACCGCCAGACAGGGGUCGUCAAUAUCGUCCUUUACGUCGGCCUUGGACUUAUAGCUCUCGGCCUCAUCAUCACCUUCGUCGGCCUGGGAGAACACGGCUUCAAGUCCCCGGAGCUGCGCCUGAUAGGUCCGAGUCUCAUAGGGUGUGGCUUCCUCUUCGCCCUCCUUAGACUCUUCUUCUGCUCUGCCCCCGACUGCUGCACCUCCUGCAGGAAAGCCAAGCCGCUCGACGAGAAGUCUUUGCUCUCGCCGUCGAGGGAGACUCUGGCUGAGGACUCCGUCGCGGACACUCCUCAGCCGCAGCAGAACCAGCAGCCGCAGAAGGUCCAGACGCAGCAGCCGCAGAGCCGCCGCCGGCAUGACGAGGCCGCCGCAGCCGCCGAGGACGACGACAACGACGACGGAGUGCGCCAGUCGGCCCGCCGUAUGCCGACCAAAUCGGCGCUACAGUCGUCGAUUCCCAACUACAUCGAGGACGAGUGCGAGGACGACGAGAUCCUGGGCCUCAGUGUCGAGUACAUGGACGAGACCAGCUCGGUGAAGAAGGCGGCGUCGGACUCCCUGAGCGGCACGCGGCCCACGUCAGCCACCAGCCGCUUGUCCACGGCGUCGAAGGUCCCGCGCCUGCCCGAGAUCCACGCCGGCCGACGGAACAGCGAGCUCGUGCUGAAUCCCGCGACGCUGGAGCCGACGGGAGAGUGAUCCGACGACGACCCGCUACCCCGAGGAACCUAGCGACAGCCGGGCUCGAGCAAAAGUCUUUGUGAUAUUUUCCCUCAGUGCAUGACGAAAGCGGAAGUUCAGAAAAAAAAAAAAUGAGGAAAAUAGAAGUUGCCUGUCAUCGGCAACUCGGCACAUUGAAGAUGUUGCGAAGUUGAACCGAGAGGGAGAGAGAGAAAGAAGGAAAGCGAAAGUGAAAAUAGAAAAAUAUGUGGUGUUUUUGCUGCCGGGAAAGGGGGCACUGAGAACGGGCCAACGAGCGGGUAUAUGCUGUGAUAAACUGACAAGUACGAUGGACACACCCGCACUUCUGUUGGUUUGUGAGGCUCGCUGCGGGUGUUGCAGAUUCCUCCCCACACCCCCUCCUCUUUCUCUCUCUCUCUCUCAAGCUCACUCUUGGUGGGAAAAAGGACCUAAACCAAAAGUGGACCCAGUUUCAGUAUCUAUCUAGAAAGGAAAAAAAUAAUAUAUAUACAUAUAUUACUGUGAUUGACUCAUUCAAAACCGUUAUUACUUGUGGUUUAACCUUUAGUUUAGUGUGCAUUACGACGAAAGUCAUUGUUUGGCAUCUAUACCCGGCUUGGACCCCGAGGGCAGACCCGGCUUCUACGGCUUCGGGCCCUCAAGGUCACAAAAGCCGAUAGAUCUGAAGGUCACCGACGAAGAGAGAGGAAACAGAUCUCUUAGCAUUUCUACUAGUGCAGUGUAAUGAGUAUUUUGAUAUUGAGAUAUCAGUUUAGAGUUGAAUCAUUAGUUUUUUUUGUAUUCGAGAAUCAAGAUAAAGAUAUGAGUGUUCACAAAGUCGCACAUAAAAAAAGAGAACUCCCUGUUUAUUGUCAGUAUUCCAAUUCAUUACAAAAUUGGCGAAAUUCACACAAGAGGAAGUGCCUUUAUUGGCCUCUGAUAUGAUACCAUGUAUACCCAAGGCUGCGAAGUUUAUUUUUAUUGUUGGUUGUUACAGUAUUAUUAUGAUUAUUUCCGUAACGCAGCCAGAUAUUAUCACUCAGCUGUUCAACUUCAGAUUACAUGUUUAUUGAAUUUUGAAGAAUAAUCUGAAGCACUACGGGUGAUCAUGAUCCCUUGUCUAUGGGAAGGCACGAAGUUUUUCUUAUAUGUAACAAUAUAUAUAUGUAUAUAUAUAU